AACAUAGUGUCUAAGAUCCUAGGUCCUAUAAUUCUUCGACGCCUGAGUGGAGCUCGGGAACAGCAAGCCCGAGAAAACUAAGCAGGCUGUAGACCCGGCCGCAGGUGCAUCGACCAAAUACUCACACUUCGCCAGGUCCCGGAACAUAUGCACGCUUACAGACGCCCAACAAUAGCUGUAUUUCUCGACUUGAAGGCGGCAGCAUUUGACUCCGUUGAUCCAGAAGUCGUAUGGCAAUGUCUCUCACUGAAAGGCGUGCCGAGUAAGUACAUCACCUUAUUGAAGGCUCUCUACUCGAACACUUGUGGGCAUGUUAGAGCCUAUGGUGAGUUGUCCAGGGAGCUAUACUCAUCCAGUGGUGUCCAUCAAGGAUGCCCACUGUCUCCAUUCUUAUUCAAUUUCAUCAUAGAUAUUCUUAUGGAGGUCUCCCUCUCAUCACCAGGUUACACAUACGUUGACCUAAUCACAGGAGAAUUUUCGUUAGACCUAGAAUAUGCAGAUGACAUAACAUAGUCCUGUUAAGUGAAGACGCUGACAAGAUGCAGAGUCUUCUGAACACUUUCAGUGGGAAGAUAUGAGAAGGCUUCAAAUGUUUGACCACCGUUGCCUUCGUAGUAUAGGCCGUAUUCCGUGGUGUCACCACGUGAGUAAUUCAGAAGUCAGGCAUAAGAUUUUAGGGAGAAGAGGUAAAUCAGUUAACGAGGUUAUGAACCUUCAUCGACUGAGAUGGUUGGGACACGUGUUACGUAUGCCUAGUCUCCAUCUACCUCGUCACACAAUGUUGGCCGAAGUAGGUCCAGGCUGGCAAAAG